CCGGCAUGCCCGGCACGCCCAGCCUGCUGCCUCCGCUGCUCGCCCUGCUGUGCCUUGGGGUCGCUGACCCCAACCCCGACCCCGACCGCGACUCCGACGAGCCGUGGUGCCCCUACAAGGUGGGCGGCGAUGGCGCGGAGGCGGCGCGGCUCUGCUUCCGCCCGCCGGCCCGCGGCUUCCAGUGCUCGGCGCGGGGGUGCCGCGCCCACCGCUCCGCGGGCGGUGCGCUGGUGGCCAACGUGCUGCGGAACGGCAGCGUGCUGCUGCAGUGGGGGCUGCGGCACUGGGGGCCGCCGCCGCGCCCCGCCGCCGCCCUGCGCGGCUUCGCGCUCAACUGCUCCUGGGACGGCACCUACACGCGCUUCCCCUGCGACAGCGUGGAGCUGGGAGCCGCAUGUCGCGACUACCUGCUGGCCGAGGCGCACGGCAGCGUGCGCUACCGCCUGUGCCUGCAGCCGCGCUACGCCCCGCCGCGCCCCGCGCCGCCCGCGCAGUGCGUGGAGUUCCGCGUGGAGCCCGCGGCCAUGCGCGAUAUCGUCGUGGCCAUGACGGCCGUGGGGGGAUCCAUCUGCGUGAUGCUCGUCUUCAUCUGCCUGCUGGUGGCCUACAUCACCGAGAACCUCAUGAGCCCCGCGCUCAGCCGCGGAGGACACGCGGCCGCCGCUCCGCGCCGCGCGUAGUGCGGGAGGGAAUGAUGAUGAUGCUGCGCCGCGGAGCUCCCGCAGCCGUCAUUCCAGCGCUUUCCGUCGAGGGAAGAGCUUUCCAGACUGUUCUGGCAGCGUUGGGUUUGCCGUGCUCGAAUUUCCAGGAUGUGCGUUUCCAGCGGAGUUUGGAGCUCUUCUUCCUCCUCGAGUGGCUUCUCAGCUAGAGCUGUUCAUGGGGACUAAACUCGUGGCAUCUCCGCAGAUCAAAAAACAUUGGCAGAGGUCCACAAGUGCCAGAAAUAGUCUGUUUUUAAGGGCAAGUGGCAGAUCUUACCGAGGGCCUGUUUGAAAAGACUGUCCAGAACACCCUCAUUUUAAGCAUAAAACCCUUGGUCUUAGACCCGUGCUUGAUCUUUUUCCUGUGGGGUAAAGUUGUUUAAAGUUCAGGAGAACUGUCUGGUGGAACCACAAACCAAGUGUGUGUUUGGUCCAAAGCCCACUUAAUCUCAUGUUUUAGGUGGGUUUUGUGUCAUGCCUUAUGCUGGUCACAAAUUUUGGGGCCUAGACUGGCCACUGUCCAAAAACAACACGGGUUUUCUGGUCGAGGGUUUUCUGGUCAGCUCCAGUGACCAUCAAUAUCCAAUACCUGCUUUUCUCCCAUCAGAAUUGUGUCAUAGUUUCACAAAGAGUGAAGGUAAAGGGAUAAAUUCAGUAAGAAAACUCCAUUUUGUUGAGCAAGUAGGAACCAACCCUUAAUUAUAAGUAAGAUCUAAGUGAGCACCCCCUUUGCCCCCUGAAAUCCCCUCCUUUAGCAGUGCAGCUGCACUAAGGUAGAAGCUUCUUGACCACAGAACUCACUGAUGUUAUAGCCGAGUGUUUUGAGCAUAGGAACACUCCCCGUUAACUCCUCACUUGAUGCUGUAGUAAAGUAAGGUUUUAGCCAUACUCUAGUACUGAUUCUAUUGUGCCUUAGUGUUGAGAAUUUGUCCCAUUUUUAUUGGUGUAUCUGUUCCUGUAGUUCUUGUAGUUAAGCGUAUCUCCCUCGUGUUCUUGUCUCUGAAGUUAGUGGUUGUUGGUUUGUCUGAUUGUUUUUUUUAAAAAUAACAAAAAAAACCCAACUUGGGCUGAUCAUUACUUGAAGCUUAAUAUAUACACAAAGUAGUUACCUUCAGAGAGGUAUUUAGUGAGGUAGUUUUUAGUAUGUGUAGUAUGUAUGUAGUUGACUGCUGUAACACAAAAAAAUAAUUUAUUAUCACUUAGGAACUGUGCACCUAAAGCGAAAAAAAAGUAGGGGAAAGGCUCUGCUGUAAAGGGGCUGUUGCUGUUAAAACACGUCAGGUUCAUGUGUGAUCUGUUUGUGUAAAUGUUUAGCACUGGUGAACAACCUGUUUGUUUUUCCUUGUGAAAGUUGUUUGUGAAGUUUAAACUUGGUGGUAGAGGGUAAAUAUAGGAAGUGUGUGGAAUCCUUAACUAUACACAGUAUUUGUACUGAACAUAAUCCCUUCAAGAACUUGGGAGUGGCUGAGGAACUGAAGGUCUGCAUUUCAUCAGACAGAAACAGCUUUUUCUUUGUUAUUCCUGCUGUGUUUCCAUUCUCACAUGCAGCUGACUCCAUAUAAGUCUUCUAUGUUUAUUAUCUUGUCUAUGUAUUUGAUUUAAGCAACUCAUUGAUGCCAUCAUUUUUGAGUUUUUAUCCCUAAGGAGAGCGACUGCUGGAAGAAAAGGCAAUUUUUAAGAAAAUGAAGACAAAUUUUGGUCUUUUAAGUUUCAAGUCAGCCUUUGCUGUAGCCAGUUCAGCACAGGGCCAUCAGAGUGCCACUGAUUUUGUACAUCUCUGUCACCUUUUGUCAACCAAUGCCACCAUUCUGUUCCUCAUCUUGUCAUGAAUUGCCAGAUGUGAAAACCAGCUGUAUAAACAAUGAGCCUUGUACCACCUUGGCAUUGAACUUAAUAAAUUAGGAGGAUAAUGAAAAGAAAUUAAAAUUUCAUAAAUAUUUAAAGGUUCAAGAUCUUGCUUGACUCAAACUGAGUCUGCCCAAACUGGUCAUAAUAAUAUUCCAUUGCCUACUGUAAAAUGAUUACAGUAUUCAUGGAAAAAUAAGAGAUUUAUUCUCUGAAUACUCAAUUUUAUUUACUAGAGAUUUGGACUAUAGAUAACUGGGUAAUUCAGGUGGUAACACUGAUGUAAGUCUGAGGAAAUGGAAAUUUAAUUUACAGUUUUGAACAUGACUGUCUUCAGUAAGACACCUCUGCAGGUAAUAAUGACCUAAUAGUGUAAUAGGCAAUAAUGACCUGCUAAAGCAGCACCUAGGAAAUACUGAAGAGAUGUUUUUGUAGUCAUUUCACCUUUUUAUUAAUCAAUCUCUGGGGAUUGCAUUGCAACAGCAUGCUGAGCAGAGGGUCAAAGAAGAAUAUAAAUCCUGAUAGAAGAAAAUCUGCACUUUUCUGAAGGUUUUAAUUUUUUUUUUGCUUUUCCUUGCAUUAAAAAUGGGAUACGGGAAACAGUAUUUCAGUUUCUCAUGCAUUUUCAGUAGAUUAAGCUUUAAUUGAACACAUCUAGGUGUGUGGAAAAGAAAUCAGAGUAUUCUCUGGUUGAUUUUGUCAUUAAGCAAAAUAUCUGUUGACCCAUUGAUAAUUGGAUUUUUUUUUCCUUCUAUCACUAUGGAAAUUCCUGCCACCACGAAUGUAGACAUUGCUUGUGAUAAUAAAAGGGAAAAUUACAUGUA